UCCCGAGGGUGGGAGCUUCCCAUGGUGGUUUUUGUCACUCUGGUGGAAGGAUACUCACCAAAUUCUACCUAAUUCAUGGGAGGAAUGGUGUGUGUUUCUUGUUGCUUGUGAUUUGAUACUCAAUGCUGUGGUUGUUGGAAUGUGUGGACAAUGGAUGAUGACGCUUCCUAUACAUGGCGUUGCUACUGGACUUUAUACUGCUGCUCGGCGACUCGGCUACUGGAAUCUGCUGCUGCCCAGUUACUGCUGCCUUGGACUUAAACUUGAACUUGAAUCUCCUUCUACUGAUGGAUGCUGCUGUUAUACUCUGCUCUCCACAAACUUUGCCAAUUCUUAGGCCAUAUGUGGGUUGCUGGAUGCUGGAUUCCUACUGCCAAUCAAAGCUGGACAGAGGGAUUACUUCGAUCAAAGGGAUGCUGCUGUAUGUGGAUAUGCUGCUAUAUACUGAACCCGUGAUUUGGACAUCACUCUCGAUGGAAGGAACUUUGGUAAAGGUGUGUUUGUUGGUGUUCUCUUGCAUUCAACGAAUAUGUUAAUGUCAUUUGCUUAACUGUAAGCGCUUCUCUAUCGUUUUACAACUUGUUUUCCUCUCCAGUUAUCAAUAAUUUGUUCAAAUUAAGCAAAAUCAUCAUGGGUGAUUAACAACAAAAUACCAAAAGAAAAGGAGGGUAUGAGCAAUGGACAACCCAAGAGAGUGAUGUACUAUUAGAGCUCAUGGUAGAUGCCGCCGCUCGGGGAUGACGUGAUAAUAGUGGCAUUUUUUCUAAGCAAACUGUGGAACAAAGGAUACUUCUUGUUCUUAACAGAAAACUUGGUUAAUGAAGAUUUUUGCAUUGCAUACACACAAGAACUAUAUUACUUAUUGCAGUGGAUAUGAAACAUUACUUGAUUAUUUGGAUCAUACUUGUAAUGUAUAUGAGUAAAAUAAUGAGUCAUUAUUGCUAAUGAUGUUUGUUAUGAUGUUCAGAUGUGGUGAAGAAAUGAAGAUGGUUUUCCAUUGAUUUAACGCGGGAACUCCCUCCUAUGAUUUUAUUAGUCUUCAUUAAUUCUUCCUCGGCAUCAAUGGCGAGGAGAGCGGAGUUUUCUACUUGUGGGCUUGGAGGUACAAUAAUGUCUUCUUCUUGUGCUGUUAUUCGUUCGUAGAAGCUAUCUUCAUCGACUUCUUCAGUGGUUUUCUUCUUUUGCUUCUUGAAAAAGUAGAACAGUGCAGCACAGAGAAAUGCUAGAAAUAACAGGCCCCCGAAUGAGACGAAGAUGAUGAUAACGACGUUAUGGUCUCCCGGAGUAGGGGGCGGUGAUGGCGGGGGCGGAGAAAAGGGAUGGAU